AUGCAGUCUCUUCCUGAGGAAAUCUACGCAGCAAUACUUCAACACCUCCCCCUCCAACACGUGCUUAAACUGAGGCAGGUAUCAAACCAUUUCCGUGAUUUGACUUAUUCACGAGACCUGUGGAUUCGGUUGCUUCGCGAAGAAACCAAAGUCAAACGCAGAAUUCCUGUUCCCAGGCUCUUCCGAGAUGCCCAUUCUGUCAACACACUUUCCACAGUGGAGUUGGAACGUUGCGUUCAGCGGUCACUGAAAUUGUAUCAAAACUGGAGUUCACCGUCACCGGUCGCCACUCGCAAAGCUUUUCUUUAUACUGGUCUAACCUCGCAAUGGCCUGUGCCUGGGCCGGCGUCUCUGCGAAUUAUAUCGCUUCAUUUCGUCACAUUGUCCUCAGGGCGCUCAUGUCUCCUGUCAGUUGCUUAUGGACAACACCUCGAACCCCGUACGCUCCUCUUCGAGUUAUGGGAUAUCAGUGGUUCUGCAGACGAUGCAUCUUGCGUCGCUUGGCGAGACAUCAGGUUGUGGGGCGGAUAUGCUGUGAACACGACUUCUGUUGUCGAGCAAGGCAUAUUGGCCGUCAAAACUCCGGGCGUCGAGAUUUGGGGCGUCGACCUCUCCAAAGCGCCCGAUUCGGCUUUUGUUACGCUCAAAACCUUGUCUACAGAGGUAAAAAUCGUCUCAUCCUUCACGGGAACUACGCUCUUGGUUCUCGGAUUACACGACGAAGUAAAAAUAUUAGAUAUCAGGGACCCGUCCAAGGAGACAGAGUUAAGACAUCCACAACCACUCCUGCCGACGAAUCAGCCCCACGUCCUUGAAUCCAUUAUAGAGCACGAUUAUAUUGUCAUCGUCCGUCCAAUUACAUUGGAGCUUUAUUCCCUAGAAGCGUUCCGAAGAAGCGAAGAUAUUCAAGUCCUCUCCCCAGUCAUUGUCCAUACAUUCCAAUGGCGACUCGACAGUUGUCGCAUCGAGCGAGACAUAAAACACUAUGAGCAGGCUCCUGCUACCCACGAUCGGCCCACACCCAUCAACAUCCUCGUCCGAUUCUCCAGCUUAUUCCCAUGGCCAGUAAACUUACUCCAACACUACGUUCUUCAUCCCAACCGUCUCUACACUCCUCUCUCAGGUUCCACCGCUUCCACGAGUCCGAGGACGACGGCAGGACUUGUGAACAUCAAUUUACCUUUUCGUUUCCCUCCAACCUUACAUCAAACAAUAUCCUCACCUAUCCGGCUUUUUGCAAUUUCCGAUAUGGCGGUUGGAAUUUACGGAACCGCUGUAUGGAUAGACAGCCACACGGAAGAAUACUUUCUCCAAGGUGAAACGGGACAGCGCUUAGCUGGGCUUAUGUUGUCUCCCGCCACUGCCACUGCCACUACUGCGCGAUUCAGUGACUCCGAGGUCCUGGCUCACGAGGACGACGGCCUUUCGGGAGACUGGUCGGCGGUGACUCUUCCCCCACGACCAGAUGAUCUUACAGACGAACCUACGCAAUCACACGCGUCAGCCGUAUUCGACGUGCAAGAAUCUGACGAUUGGAAUCGGGUGGCGGUGGAUGAGUGUGAGGGGCGGGUUGCUGUAGGUUCGAUUAAUGGUCGUAUUACUCUCUAUGAAUAUAUUUGA